AUGGCCAUCUCUGAAGAAAAAUUACACAUAAGACUAAAAGCUUCCAAGUUGAUUGGAUUUUGGACAUCUGAAAUAGGGGGGAUGAACCAGGUGGUGCACAUCUGGGAAUACGACAGUUUAAAGCACCGUGGCCAAGUGCGCACCUCCCUCGCCAGCGACCCCGAGUGGCUGUCUCAGUACAUCAGCCGAGUCAUCUCCAUGUGGUGGAAACAGGACAACAUGCUCACCAGGGCCAUCGCAGGACCAGAUGGAGAUCUAGAUCAGGAUAAUAAAGGCAACCUCUAUUUCCUGCAGAGGUACAACCACAGUAGGUCCAGUAUGAUCACUCUGACUACUGAGCUGCACAGUUUGCAGGCUGGGACCAAUAUCAAGCUGGUUGGGGGCUGGUCAAGUAUUCUUGGCCCGAGAGAUACCGCAUAUCUAAUGUGGCAGUGUAAAGACCCUGACGAUUUUCUGGCGUGGCAAGAAAAAUCGAGUGAGAAAGUAAAACCUGUCCCAGAGCAUUCUCAGCUGCUGUUUCCAUGCCCAUGGUCACCCUUGACGUAGAGUCACAGUCAAG